AUGCGCCCCACCAAUCUCUAUAAAGACAUACUACUACCGCGUCUAUCCUUCUUCGUCACUCCUUCCGAUUACAGUCACUCUUCAAGGAGAAAUCUCAAACCACCCCAAUCCUCAUCAACGGCUAAAACCAUGACUGUUGAAAAAACCAUCAUAAAAGCUGGGCACGGUGUUUCCCCUAAGCCUGGUGAUACCGUCACAAUGGAGUAUACAGGCUUUCUUAAAGAUACUGGAUGUCCAGACAACAAGGGUAAACAAUUUGACAGUUCAGUCGGACGCGGUGAUUUCGAGGUAGUGAUUGGUCGAAAAUGUGUGAUAAAAGGCUGGGAUGAAGCUAUCCCUACGAUGAAAGUUGGCGAAAAGGCCACACUAGAUAUCAGCAGCGAUUAUGCAUACGGAAAAAAUGGCUUUGGAAAUAUCAUUCCGUCAAAUGCUAGUCUAAUCUUCGAUGUCGAGCUCAAGAAAGUUAAUUAG